CGGUUGUAUAACGAGUUACACAAGCGCGACUGUCGGCUAGCAAACGCCGUUAGCACGGCAGGCUAACCGCGACCCAGACUGAAAGGAGCAGCCGCCGGAAUCCAUGGUGGCGCUGGACCGGCUGCGUCUGAUCUGGCGUCAUUUUGUCCACAGUAGGAUGGGAGAGAUGUCCUCCAAAAUACAGAUGCCGAGUCCGGAACAGGCGCUGGCCGGCAGGCCGGACAGUCGGACAGUAUCAGCUAAGCAUCAUGUCAGUGGUAACAGGAUGGUGCCGCCGUUCCCAGAAGGAUUGCAGAUGGCAAUGUUUGGUAUGGGAUGUUUCUGGGGAGCAGAACGGAAGUUCUGGAGGCAGAAGGGUGUGUACUCCACCCAGGUGGGCUACUCUGGAGGCUAUACCCCCAACCCUACCUAUGAGGAAGUCUGCACAGGUAAAACGGGCCAUGCUGAAGUGGUGCGAGUGGUGUUUGAGCCAGGCAAGAUCAGCUAUGCCCAUCUGCUCAAGGUGUUCUGGGAAAGCCACAAUCCCACCCAAGGAAUGCGGCAGGGUAACGAUGUGGGAACGACUUAUCGAUCAGCCAUCUAUGCUUACACACAAGAGCAGCUGAACCAGGCUUUGGCUUCGAAGGAGGAAUAUCAAAAGGUCCUGACAGAAGAAGGAUUUGGACCAAUCACCACAGAGAUUGCCAUGGCUAAAGAGUUCUUCUAUGCCGAGGACUAUCAUCAGCAGUACCUCAGCAAGAACCCUGGAGGCUACUGUGGACUGGGUGGCACUGGAGUUUCGUGCCCAAUUGGACUGAAAAAUUAGCAAAAAUUAGCAUUAGCCUCCUGUAUUUGCACUGUAUGAUCUCACUUUGCCUUAAUUUCAGACACGUCUUCUAUAAAAAAGUCUCAGUUUCAGAUCUAUAACAAAGAAAAUAUUGUCUGCAAAGAAAUAAAAUGAUCCCGAUGCAGCA